AUGGAACAGAAAUGCACUCUGCAACACUUCACCCAUUCUCAUAUCUUAUAUAGGGAGGUUACCAAUCAUUACGGAAACCUAACGAGAGAUGGUAAUCCCAGCGAUGAGUUCAUGUGUGAUGCCUGCCACACCCUAGGUUCUGGUGCUAGAUUCCAUUGCAAGCAAUGCAGUUUCGACCUCCACGAAGAAUGUGCAAAUUGUCCCGAGUACCUCAGCACUUACAUACACCCAAACCACCAACUGGAACUAAGGUGGGAGGGAUCAACCAAGAAAGAUUACGGUAAAUUACGUCCCUGCGAUAUCUGUGGAGAUCAGGUCAGAGGUCUCUUCUACACAUGCUCGUCCGGUGCUGAGAAACGCUAUGACGAUGGUCGGCACUUCUUCUUCAUCCAUCCUUUGUGCUCUAAAUUUCCACCCCGUGUGCCUCAUGUAAUUGACAAAAAUCACGCUCUCAGGUUUCAGUUAGUCCCUGUUAUUCCCGACUCCUUUUGUUCGGUUUGUGGAGACGUUGUUUUUUCCUGUUCUUGGAGUUACAGAUGUGAUCCGUGUGGUGUGAAUAUCCACCUUGAGUGUGUUGCUCUUCCGUUCGAUGAUGAUCAUCAUCUCUCUCGAACUCCUUCCUCGUCUCGAUCACUAAAAGAUCCCCAAACACAGACGUCGCACCAGCAAAAGGGACAUGCUCAACCUCCUCGGUAUGGCGGUUACACUGGGACGGCGCCAUUCACACCACCACUGUACAAUAAUAACUACUGUCCACGGACUCCACCUCCUAAUAACUAUUAUCCCUAUCCACCACCUAAUGAUACUUACUACUAUCAACAGCCACCACCACAUCCCCACGGGUACGCACCAACGCCACCACCACCUUAUUACAACCAUCAUCAACCGCAUGCUCCUCCCAAGAAGGAUUCUACUUCUAGCGGUGACGAUAUUGCUCCUCCUAAAAAGGAAACUACUACUUCUAGCAGUCAUGGCAGUAAAAAGAAGAGGUCCGCUAAAGUCGUGGGAAGAAUUGCAGUUAGCCUUUUGCUCAGUUCAGUUCUCGGUAUCGUUUUGCCCAUGGGAACUACGGGAUGAACUUUCCUUGCAAUAUUGCAAUCAAUCUUGUAAUUAAUAGUGAUUCUUUUCUUUUGUUUUCCGGCCAUCUGGGGUCUUAGUGUGCUAUAUUUUGUGCUUUGUUGCAUCAGAUGUAAAAAAUAAAACUAAAAAAAUAAUUUAAACCCAAGCAUCACAUAGAAUUUCUCCUUCA